AUGCAGGACACGACACAGGCCUCCAAAGAGCAGCCAACACAGAAGGAGAUCCGCUGUCGACGACUUGUGGCAGAGACUGCCAAUCCCAGCUCGCGUUAUGUUGGCAACACACCGAAAGAAGAGCUGCUGCUGGAACACGUUCGGGAAUUUGAAGACCAGUUCGUGAACGUCUACGGCAACCGCUUCCUUUUCCUUUGCCCACCGAACGAGUAUGGGGUGCCCAAGUUCUUGCCGACCACACUGCGACCCACGCACCUCCCGUACCAAGAGAUUUACGAGUACAAGUCCUGUGCAAAGUUCCUUGCUGACUUUUUCAAUUAUGAUGAACUCCAUCCAGCUGACAGAUAUCCCACAGUAGUGCCGGCUCCAGCGUCCGUGCUCAACUGGCAGGCUGGGGAUUGUUUUGACUUGUCCAUUGCGCUUGCCUCCUUGCUGAUUGGUGUGGGUUACGAUGCGUACUGCGUCAGCGGCUUUGCGCCGAGAUUCAUCACGACCCGCAAUGAGGCACGCAGUGCAUGCCCACAGCUGGAUGCCGAUAUCGAGGAGACCAAGGAAGAGGACAAGCAGGAGCGUAGCGAAUAA